AUGGCGCUACGUCUCCGUCAGCUCCAGGUGAUCCAUCGCCACGGCGACCGCGCCCCAUUGGUCAACAUCUUCCAGGGAAGCAACAAGGUUCAACUGGAGAAAGACGAGGCGCAACUAUGGGAUCGUCGUCUGCCUAUGCCGCUGCAACGCGCCCGACUUGGUUCCAGAUUCAGCGUCCAGUCAAGCGCUGACACUUCAAGUUCGUUCCUCCAGCAGCGGCCUUUUGGGUACUUAACGACUCGAGGGAUUGAGCAGAUGACAAUGCGUGGCCAGUGGCUGAGACAAUUAUGCGUGGACGAGGAGCUACAGCUGGAUGCAGUGACAACCGAGCAGCUGCAGGUUUACAGCAGUGCUUAUACACGGACCCAGCUCAGUGUUCAGGCACUGCUGGACGGUAUGCUGAGUGACCAUUGUCAAUCCAUUCCUUCCGUUCGAGUUCUCCCACCGGAAGAAGACAUCAUCAACACAUAUGCUAUCUUUCCGGAGAUUAAGAAGCUGAAAGCGGAUUUAGAACGCGACGAUGCUCAAUUUGCAGCGCGUGAGCAUGAGAUGGCACCGAUCAAGUACGAGUUGAUGCGACUCUUCCCAGCUGUGCACUCGGGUCAAGUACCUUUCAACUGGCUCAAUGCUGCCGACUAUUUUGUCUGCCGACACGCUCAUCAGGCCCCCUACAUCCCAGGCACCGAAUUACAUGCCGAUGUCACUGAAAGGCACCUCGAGUUCCGUUUCCACCAGUUUUACUCUCAUCGACCGAUUUUGAAGCUUGUGGCUGGGCGCCUGAUGCACAAUGUGCUAUUGGAGAUGCAAAAAGCUCUGUGGGACCACCGCGAGAGCAAAACGAUUGUGGUUUAUAGCGGACACGAUGUGUCGCUGCUAUCGGUCCUCCGAACAUUGGACGCCGACGUCGCGAACAACAGUGAGUAUUGGCCUGAAUAUUCUUCAACUCUUGCACUCGAGCUUUUGGAGAACGACCGCGGAAAGUUCUUCACUCGUGCUCGACUAAAUGGUGACAUCCUGGCGAUGCGCGAGGCACCAGACGGUCUCUGUUCCACCGAUCGCUUUCGUGACGUGGUCUUAGACCACAUUGGGUAG